AUGGACGCGCUCAAGGCGCAGAUCCAAGCGCGCAAGCGCCAGGCCGAGACGCCGAGCGAUCCAGCGGCCAAGUACGUGCGCCGCGGCGACUUGGUUCGAAAAGAGGCCCCGGCGCCCGAGACGGCGCCGGAACCGCAGCCUGUACGCGCGCCGACACCUCCGCCCGCUCCGGCGAAGGACAAGGCGCCAGAAGCCAAAGAGGGUUUUUCCAUCUCUAAUGACGAGGCCGUGUUGCGUUUGCGCCAAAAGGGUGAGCCGAUCCGACUUUUUGCCGAAACAGACAAGGAGCGCCGCCUGCGCCUGCGUGCGCUAGAGCUCAUCGAAGUGCACAGCGGCGAUCCGCACGGCCGCAACGACUUUGUCAAGGCGUUGCAGGGCGCUGAAAGCGACCUGACCCGCGAAAAGGUUCAGGGAAAGGCAAAGGAUGAGGGCACGUCGAAGCCGGCGCCUCAUAUGCGCGAAGGAAUCGGCAUGGACUCUCUGUUGGACCUCGAGCUGAUUCGCACUGACACUGCGCGCGUCUACCCCAUUAUCUACUAUACCCUCAAAGGGCUCUACAACGAGUGGGGCGAGACGCUUGACAAGCGUCCCGGGCGCAUGGUCAGCGCGACCCACGUCCAGACCGGAGAGUACCUCAAGCCCCUGUUUAAAGGUCUGCGCCGCCGUCAAGUCGCACCCGAUGUGCUCAUGCGUAUCGCCGAGAUCGUGCACUAUAUGCAGCAGCGCGAGUACCGCAUGGCAAACGACUCGUAUCUGCAGCUGUCCAUCGGCAAUGCGCCGUGGCCGAUCGGUGUGACGGCCGUAGGUAUCCACGAGCUGCUCAACGAUGAGGUGAGCCGCAAGUAUAUCCAAAGCCUCAAGCGGCUCAUGACUUUUGCGCAGACCAAGUACCCGCCUGAGGACGUCAGCAAGCUCAUGGGGUAG